AUGUGUCGGAAUUGCACCUCCACCGGCCGUAUUUGUGAUGGGUAUGAUGUACAUCGGCUGCCUCUGACCAAGAAAGCCGGCGUGGAUGCCACCGUUCCAGCUGUGACCCUGGUGAUUGCUCACAGGCCGACGUGGCCCAUGACCUCGGACGAGCGGCGAUGUCUUUCGUACUUCCAGCACCGCACAGUUCCCAUGAUCCUCGAGUUCUACGACUCAUCGCUCUGGCGCCAAGUGGUUCUCCAGAUGGGCCAGUCAGAGCCAGCCGUGUACCAUGCCGUGAUCGCGCUGAGCGCGGUCCAUCAGGGCAUGGAGACCAGAGGGAUGCCAUUGUUGAUACAGGAAGCGUAUAAUAUUUGGAAUUCCUUCGCCCUUGAGCAACUAGGUCGGGCUUUUUCCUGUUUGAUCAAGCGCCGGAUGUCACAGGAUCCGCGCCUGCGAGAUGUCAUCCUGACCUGCUGCUUGCUCUUCAUCAUGUUGGACUUGCUCCGGGGACGGUACGAUGAUGCCUUUAGGCACCUGAAAAGUGGUCUGCAAAUUAUAAAGGAGUACACCGCUUACAAGGCUUCAGUCUGCCGGGUACCCCGGGAGGAGGCCAUCGAACCGUGUUUAGUCGAGACGUUUGACCACCUAGGUAUUCAGUCCACACUCUUUGGGGUUGAGGCGUCCCGCCUGCCUGUCGAUGAUGAGUCAAAGCAGGGUGGGGGCGGCAGUGUAGCAUUUGAUAGCCUAGAACAGGCCCGUCAAGCCUUCAAUACCCCUCUUAGAGCGGUCUAUCAAUUUACCGGGCCUUGCAUGGGUCUGUCUGCUGUAGAUAUCGCGUCCAACUAUGAAGCCCUGCAGGUAGGACAGCUGGCGGCGUGGUCCAGCCUCAGCCAGUACAUGGACUCAUUCGAUCACUUUUAUCGCCGCUCGUAUUCGGCUCUUAGCACAAAAGAACGAAGAGGGGCCGACAUGCUCUAUUUACAGCAGCUGGGCUUGGCCGUCUCAGUGAAGACAUGCCUGCUGGGCGGAAAUACACCGGCAUAUGAACAUUAUACAUCGGAUUAUCGGAAGAUAGUGGUACUCGCGGAACGAAUCGUGAAGAGCUUUCCCGAGCCUCCAGCCGUCAGCAUCAACACGGGCGUCAUUCCCACCCUAUAUCGCACGGCCAUGGUCUGCCGUGAUCAUAAUAUCCGCUGGCGCGCGAUUGAGCUUCUCCAGACUUGGCCUCAUCGGGAAGGGCCCUUUGACUCGAACUGGUUUCUCUAUGUCGCGUUGGAGACGAUGAAAGCCGAGCUAUUGACUAAAUAUAAAUCACAGGAGAACAAAAACACGCCGGGCUUUAUAUUAACCGAUUCGCGUGGCGAGGAGCUAUCGUUGAAUAAGGUCCUGGUGAAGAUUAUAGAGAGCCAGCGGCACACGGCACGAGCAAUGGGAAAGGGACUUGACGACGGGACGAGCUCUCCACUAGAGCUCGCUGGGGCAGUAAAAUGCAUGGCAGGCUGGGCCUGUGUCCGAGCAUUCAAGGCUGUGGUAAGAAAGUAUAACUGGCGGAAGCACUCAGCAGGCUGUUGA